AGCUCAGCCAAUGAGUGCGCACUUUGUCGUUAGCAGGGAAGUGCUGGGGUUUGGCCCACACCCGGGCCGGGUCUAGGCCAGUAGGCGGAUAGGACCCAGCAGCGGAAAGUGGCAGUGAGCUGUGGCAUCAUCCAUAGCAGCUCCUUACUGGUACUGUGCUCCCUCACCUGCCUCGCUCCGCGUUCUCCUCAGGCCCGGCCAUGGAGCGCCAGGUCCUACGGCUUCGCCAGGCGUUCCGGUCCGGCCGAUCUCGGCCGCUGCGCUUCCGAUUGCAGCAGCUUGAGGCCCUGCGGAGGAUGGUGCAAGAGCGCGAGAAGGAAAUCUUAGCAGCCAUCGCGGCAGACCUGAGCAAAAGUGAACUCAAUGCAUACAGUCAUGAAGUCAUUACCAUCCUUGGAGAGAUUGAUUUUAUGUUGGGGAAUCUUCCUGAAUUGGCUUCUGCGAGACCGGCUAAGAAGAACCUGCUAACCAUGAUGGAUGAGGCCUACGUUCAGCCCGAGCCUCUGGGAGUCGUACUGAUUAUUGGAGCUUGGAAUUACCCUUUCGUUCUUACCAUGCAACCGCUGGUGGGAGCCAUUGCUGCAGGAAAUGCUGCCAUUGUUAAGCCCUCAGAACUCAGUGAAAACACGGCCAAGAUCUUGGCUGAACUCCUCCCUCAGUACUUAGACCAGGACCUGUAUGCGAUUGUUAAUGGCGGUAUCCCGGAAACCACGGAGCUUCUGAAGCAGCGGUUUGACCACAUUCUCUAUACAGGGAACACUGCAGUUGGAAAAAUUGUCAUGGAAGCUGCUGCCAAGCAUCUGACCCCUGUGACCCUGGAACUCGGCGGGAAAAGCCCUUGUUACAUUGACAGAGACUGUGAUCUGGACGUGGCUUGCAGACGCAUAGCCUGGGGAAAGUACAUGAAUUGUGGUCAAACCUGCAUUGCUCCUGACUAUAUCCUGUGCGAAGCCUCCCUCCAGAAUCAAAUCGUACAGAAGAUUAAGGAAACGGUGAAGGACUUUUAUGGGGAAAACAUAAAGGCUUCUCCUGACUAUGAAAGGAUCAUCAAUCUUCGUCACUUUAAGAGGUUACAAAGUCUGCUUAAAGGCCAGAAAAUAGCUUUCGGUGGAGAGAUGGAUGAGGCCACACGCUACUUAGCCCCAACCAUACUUACAGAUGUUGAUCCUAACUCCAAGGUGAUGCAAGAAGAAAUUUUUGGACCAAUUCUUCCAAUAGUGUCUGUGAAAAAUGUAGACGAAGCCAUAAAUUUCAUAAAUGACCGUGAAAAGCCCCUGGCUCUCUACGUAUUUUCUCGUAACAAUAAGCUCAUCAAACGGGUGAUAGAUGAGACCUCCAGUGGUGGAGUCACCGGCAAUGAUGUCAUCAUGCACUUCACUGUUAAUUCUCUGCCCUUUGGAGGUGUGGGUGCCAGUGGAAUGGGGGCGUAUCAUGGAAAAUACAGUUUUGAUACCUUUUCUCAUCAGCGCCCCUGCUUGUUAAAAGGGUUAAAGGGGGAAAGCGUCAACAAGCUCAGGUACCCGCCCAACAGCGAGUCCAAGGUCAGCUGGGCCAAGUUCUUCCUGCUGAAGCAGUUCAACAAAGGAAGGCUGGGGAUGCUGUUGUUUGUGUGCCUGGUUGCUGUUGCAGCUGUGAUUGUCAAGGUUUAGAAGUUUCUGUCGAGACUAUGUUAGAUGCAGGGGGAAAAAAUGUGUUUCUCAAUGUUCUGAAGGUUGCUGAGUCCAAGAGUAAGUAUCUGGCAGCCAGCAAGGGCCCUCUGGUUUGUCUCACCACCAUGGAUGGUGAGAUGAAGGUGUAAACGGGGCGAGCUCCCCUUCCAUACGGAGGGAGCACCGUGAUAGCAAGCCCACUGCCCUGAGCAUCACGUGAGUACCCGUUCUCAUGACUGAAUACCCUUUAAGAUCCCUCUUCUUUGCACUGCUGUAGAUUGCAAUUAAAUGUCAACAGAUGGCACAUGAGGUUUCUCUAGCCUGGCUAGCUCUGCCUAGCUGGCCAGUGUUCCUGUUAGCUUGUAGGCGAUUUUGCUAGGCUCCUCCCAGGGACCUGGAAACAGCUUAGGGCAUCAUCUGCAGUCAUUGCCUGCCUCCGGGUAAGGGCUGUGUAUAAAAGGACUGCCUCCCCACCCCCAGAUCUCUCUCCCCAUUUUCUGUCCUUUUCUGUCCCCCCUUUCUCUGCCCUCAUGGCUCUGCUCCCAUCUCUCCGCCUUUACCCCUUCUCCAGGCCCUCACUCCCCCCCCCCCCAAGUAAAUCCCCUUUACACCAGAUCUGUUGCACGGUGUGAUGUCCCUUUGCCACAUUAUAUUUCAUAACAGUUCCACUAUACCAUAUAGCCUCACAAUGAACCUCAGACAACUCAGCAGAGAAGUAUAUGGUGAUCGACUAGUGAUGCCUGCCAUGGGAGUGGGCUGUGGAGUAGUUAUGUGCGCUGUGCAGGGCCUCUCCACCUGCAUCAAACAGCUUAGUUAGUGGGAAAAGAAAAUGUUUAUUCCACCUUUUAUGCUGAAAGGGCAACAUAAUCACCAUUUGUCUCCAUUUAAGGGCCAGGCCCAAUUUCAAAAAAACAAAAAAAGCAAAAACAACAACAACAAAAAAUUGUGGUAAGGCAUUCAGGAAUAGACCAUAAGUUCCAGGAACUAAAUCAUAAGACACAAGCUCUAAGAACAGACCAUAAAGUCCAGAACAAGAUCACCAAACCCCCUCCCAAAGAACAGCCUGGGGAUAACCACAAAAGUGGGGAAAUAUCUUAUCUCAGAAUGGGCCAUCUGCACUGGGCAGCCAUAUUUCAUCCUAAGUUAAACAUUUAUGACAUAGAAAUACAGACCACUGACAACCUGUGACACCCCCCCUUCCAGCAUCCACCAAUGAAAUUUUAGAUUACCCAAUCCUUCUAGAGAGUUCCCCCCAGUUCCCUAUAAGAAGACCUGCACAUCUUUGUCUGGGCUCACCAUUUUAGAUAAUGGUAGACCCACACAUGCUGGUUAUUUCUGCAGAAUAAAGGCUCUUUAUUUUUGCACACUGCUUGAGUCUGGGGCCUUCCUUCAGUGAUUUUCGAACCCUUACAAAGCUGAGGUUGGCUUGAAAAACAGAACUCUGUCUAGACACUCUGUAAGGUCCAACUGUCUUCUGUCAGAGCUGCUAGCUGAGGCCAGGACUUCUCUGGUGUAUACCCUUGGCCUUCUCACGGUAGGAAAAGUAGCUGGAAUGCCACUCAGUUUCCCAACAACUAACCCUCCAGCAGACACUCGAGCCACUGGAAACAGAGCAGUCUUUCUCAAGCUAGACAGACUGUUACCAGCAGUGACAUUCAUUUCCUCGAAGGUAGCAUGAGGACCUGGAAGGUCACAUCUGACACCUGCUCCCAGGAUAACACUGUGAUCACAGUGCUUGGGACCAGGCCUGGCAGCAUUCUCGGGAGGACAAGAGUAUUGACCCUGGGGAAUUUUGAAGCUUCCUCCAGCCACUGUCAUUGUGAGGGAGAAAGACGCUGUGUGUGUGUUCUCAUCCUCUACUUAGAAGCUCAAAUCAGAGCAGAGGCGGCCUGCUCCCCACCUAUCCAUCCUCUCAGCGCUGGGUGAAAGCGCCUCCCCCUCUGCCCUGCAAGGAGAGCAGAGGCAGCAAGCCCAGGGCCAUGGUGGGUGCAUGGUUGCUGCCCAUAUACUACAUAGCUUCCUGCGCCAGGCCCCAGAUCUUGGAGAGAAGGUGGCUGGUGAGAGGCUGUCAGCAGCCGCCCAGCCUGCCAGCCUGGCGAUGGGCCUGGGCAGAUGGUUUGCAUAUGGUUGCCUGGCUUGCCCGGACAAUUUCUGUUGCCUUGAGGAUUUAAGCAGUUUAGGCCAAGCCCAGUUGAUCUUCUCAGAAUUUCCUGUAAACAAAGGGAAAGAUAUGGCUUAUGUAACACCCUCGCUGGAUGGCUCCCUUGCUUCAAAUAGGACAGCAGCCUGUCCAGGACAUAUUAACAGACAGGGAGGGGCUCAGCUGUCCCCAGACUACCACUGAGCCACCCUCUCAGGGCCAUUCUUUCUAAGCCUUCUGCAAGCUUUCUACCAACUGCAAUCUUGGAGCCCAUUCCAGAAUAAGGGAAACUUCAGGAGUAUCCAAAAUAAUAGCUAACAAACUGUCCCUUGCAAAGGCAGGACGUCAACAAAUGAGCUCAUCUAAGCCACAGGCCAGCCCUAGGAGGCAAACAUGAGAACUAUAGUCAGUUAUGAAAAACGUAGGCAUGGGAGCUGAGCAACAACCCUCCCUGCCCUGCCCUCCCUUGCCCCUCCCCCAACUAGUGCUGAAAACAUGGCACAACCACCCUCCACCCUCACCUGCCCCACCCCUGCCAUUCUCACUUCUCCUUACAACUUUCUCAGCAUCAGCGGCCAGAAAUCUGAACAUUUCCCAUACUCCCUUGGAGUCAGGACAUUAGGUAAAAAUUAAGGUCUGCCAUUUAGAGACAUUGUAUGAAACUUGGCUGCUUUUGAUCGACAGGUACUUUGAAUGAGGGUGAGCCAGUAAAUCCUGUGUCCAGUCACCUCUUUGUUGGGAGUCAAAGGCAGUUGAACCAGUUCUCCAUACCAUUGUCUGAUCCUUGGGAUGAGACCAAAACCAUGAGUCCUUAAAUACCACAGAUAGAUGCGUCCACAUGGGAUCGAUGCAUCCCAGGGACCCUUCUUGGGGGCCUGUGCAAGCCUUGCCUCCUCAUCUGGCUCUCUUGCUGCUUCUGCAGAGUCCCAAAGCCCUUUUCUGUUGAAAACUCAGACUGGUUUACUUCGGGUACUUACGCCUGGCUGGUAUAGCUCCAUAACAAAUACAAAGCAAGGCUGGCAUCUGGCUCCACACCCUCCCGGCACGCUCUCCCAUUAGAUCUUCUAAGAGAAGACGCAACUGCCACACCCAGUCAUGCUAAUCCCUAGUGAAAGCUGGGCCGUCUUUACUUCCUUACUUUCGAGACAGGGUUCCUAGCCCAGGCUGUGCUUCCUCUCUCCGGCUAAGGAUGGCCCUAAACAUCCAUCCUUCGGAUCCUCCUGCCUCCUUUUCUCUAGUGCGGGGAUCACAGGCACCAUGAGGGUUGUACACAAUGCUGGAGAUAGAAACUUGGGUUUCGUGCUAGGCAAACACUCUACCGAUUAUGCUGGACUCCCCCAAGCCACUUUCCACACAUAACUGUUUUCUUUGGCUACUGGGAGUUUCAUUAUCUUCACAACAUGGCUGCCUUGGAUUUUUCUUAUUCAUUCAUUUGUGUUUGGCUUUCUCUGCCCAUAUAUAUGGUAGACACCCUUGUUGCUCACAAAUAACUGUUGCUUCCCCAUGUUUCCAGCAUCCUGUCCGCUCCAGGAACCCAGACUCUGUCCAGUCGAGUUUGAGAGAUGCUGAUCUGGUGGACUUCCCUGUCUCCUCCUCCCCCUGCUUAGGUGACACCGGAGUCUCCUGCCAACUUAACCGCCAGCAUCUUGAGGUGAACUUUCUCUGGUAGCAGAAGCUAGUCUCUGCUGACCAAAUACAGAUAGUGUGAUUAGAA